AUGGAGCGAAUCCCUGAAGAAUUGCUUCUUGAAAUCCUCUCCAGAACUCCGACCAAGUCUCUCCUUCGUUCCGCGUGUGUUUCAAAGGCAUGGCGAGAUAUUAUGCACAAGGACCAUCAUCUCCGAAGCCUGCAUUGCGACCACUUGCCCUCUGACAAUCCUACGCCUCUCUUCUUCUCCAACCGAAGGAACGAAAACCUCUCCAUCAUCGCCAUCUCCUUGGCCCAAGACUACGUCGCAGGGAAGCCUAAGAUAUGGCAUAUCCUCAAAAGACAGUCAUUCGCGACGUGGAAUAACGGUACGUGGAACGAGGACGACUACAAGCUCGCUAACACCUGCAACGGACUUCUCUGCUUUAGGCCUAAUAAUUACCGACAACCUAUUGAGAUCUGUAAUCCUCUCUGUGCUGAGUACAGCACGCUUCCUGCUUACCCGAUGCAGGAUAUUUUCAGUUGCUCAGUCGGGCUGGGCUUCAGUCCCUCAACGAAAGAGUACAAAGUAGUCGUGAUUGCUAAAGAUCAUGGCUACAACUUUUCUCGCCCAGAAGAAGGGUCCCCGGGCAAGCUAUCCAUACGCACUCUGGGCGCCGAAGAGUCAUGGAGAGAUGUCGGAGAUAUUUAUUUCAAUACACGCCAUGGUCCUAUUUAUAUCGACGGGAAGAUACACUGGACAAUCUCCUAUGCUAAUUCAUCAACAGAUUUGCACCUGUUAUCUAUCGACCUCGGAACUGAAGAGGGUAAGGUAAUAGACAAUGUUCCGAACGACGACGGUCAGUUGCAGCUCACACAGCUCAAAGAGGGCAUCUCUGUCAUCAUUACUUCAGAGUCGGACAUCAAGAUAUGGACUCUCAAGGAAUACCACAACAUAAUUUCCUGGGAAAGAACGCAUAUCAUUGAGCUCCCCCGCGCACCGGCAGGGACACCUUCCCGGUUUCCGAGACUCGUUGGCAUGUGGCAACGCGACGAUGGUUUGCAGGUUUGGUUACACGAUGUGAUGAUCCUGUACUAUGAAGCAAAGAAUUCUGAAGAAGGGUGCAAGAUGUACGAGGAACCUGCAGUUUCAAGUACCUGGCGUCUUUCUGAAGAAGGGUGCAAGAUGUACGAGGAACCUGCAGUUUCAAGUACCUGGCGUCUUCACACAAGUUAUAUGCCGAGCCUUGUGCCUCUGAAACGAAUAGGCUGUGAAAGCAAGAAGGUAUUUGCUGAUCAAAAUCAUUUGAUUCAACACGAUGAACUACCACCUAAUUGUACUCCUAAAAGGGUAGUCAUUGAAUUAAAUCUUUAG